UGCCCGCGAAGCCGCCUGCGAGGUCCGGCCGCGCCGCUCCGUCCAGCUGCGCUGGAGAGGCGCUGCCGCCCCCGUUCCGACCGAGGACGCCGCCCGCGCCGUCGUCGCCCCUCUUCCGACCGAGGCCGCCGCCCACGCGUGCCGCGACCCCAGCUCUCGCCCGCGGAGCAGCCGCGCAAGCUGCUGGAGCCGCCGCCGCCCACGCUCCUCGCCUCCUCUCCGGCGCGCGGCCCGGCCUCCCCCUGUGGUGCGCGCGGCUCCCGGUGCCUCCGCUCGUGCCGCCCGCGGCGGCGUGCCGAGCCGCGCGGGCCGCGGUGCGCGACCGCCAUGGCUCUACCGCCAUCCCCGUCCCCUGCGCGCGUGCGGCGGCCACGGCCCCCCUCGUCGACGGCGGCCAUGGCGCGCGGCGGGGGGGGGGGGGGGGGGGGCACGGCGGCGACCCGGAGUUCCGGGCGGGGCGGCAGCGGCACGGCCGGCACGCGGCGGGGCGGCCCCUGCGCGCGGCGUGGUCGGCACCGGGCCUGCGCGGAGGGAGCAGCGAUCGGCGUUCGGAAUCGCGCGGCGUCUCGAGCUCCCUCCCCUGCGCGCGCGCGGCUGUCCUCCAUGGCCACAGCAGAGCGCACGGGCCGUCCUCCUCUCCCUCCCCUGCGCGGGCGUGGCGCGGCGAGCGCGGGGUGCAGCGGGCGGCGAGGCGGGCGGAGCUCGGCAGGCACGGCGCGGCGAGCUCGGGGCGCGGCGCGGCGACCUCGAGGCGUGGAGGCGGCGAGCUCGGAGUUCGGCGAACGCGGCGCGGCGAGCUCGGGGUGCGGCACGGGGGGCAAGGGGCGGAGCUCAACCAGAGCUCGGAGGGGAGGGAGGGGCGGAGCUCGAGUGGGAGCACUGGGCGCGGAGCUCCACCGGGGCUUUAGGGGCAAGGGCGGAAGAGCGGGGGCAAAACUUGACCAAAACUCGAAGGGAGGAGGGGCUGAGCGGCGUCGCGGAGCUCCACCGAAGCUUGGUGUAGAGGUGGUGCGAGCCGUGAUGUACGUGGGGGCGGGAGCUCCGCCCAGGUGAAGCUGGUGUGGGGGUAGGAACUCGGGCGGUCAACGUGUAGGAGAAGAGGGUGGAAGAGAGAAAAAGAAGCCAUGGCUGGGGGAGCUCGUGUUUAGUUGGCGAUUUUUUUUGGAUUUGGCUAUUGUAGUAUUUUUGUUUUUAUUUGAUAAUUAGUGUCCAAUUAUGAACUAAUUAUGUUCAAAAAUUUAUCUCACCAUUCACAGCUAAAUUGUACAAUUAAUUAUUUUUUAAAACUA